GAAGCCGAUGGAAACACGUCUUGAAGCUCAGCAAACACGUUUAUGUUACCUAGAGUGUAACUUUAAUAUGCAUGUUAAUUCCUCUCAGACUUUCAGCACAUUCACACGCAUCGUUAUGUGCUGGUAGGGGACAGGAUGCUGGUCGGAUACAGCAGCUCGGAGGAGGAGGAGAGUGAGGCUGCAGCGGGGACUGAUGGAAACAAGAGUUCCUCUCGGAAGUGUGAAGAGGAAGAGGAUGUUAACCAUGGCAGCCCAGCGAGGAAGAAACGCAGCAUGGAGGAGCAGGCUCCUAAAGCUCGGCUGCCUCUUCCUGGUUGCCUGUUGGACAUGUUUCCAGAUGAAGUGAGCUCAGAGACUGAAGACAGCUCUCUUCAUGAUGGACGCGUUCGCUCCUUCAAACAUGAGAGAGGCAACUGGGCCACCUAUGUUUAUUUCCCGUACCAUCCUGAGGAGGAGUUCGGGGAGUUGUUGGAGGAGUUGCUCUCAUUAGCCGGGGCCCACGGUGCGAUUUUGACCCCGCAGGAGGAGUUCCACCUCAGCGUGUCUCAGACGGUGGUGCUCAGACACCACUGGAUCCAACCCUUCACCCGGAGCCUCAGGGCAGGACUGGUGCUCCGCAAAAGGUUUGCGUGCUCUGCGGGAAGACUGAGGGUCUAUUGUAACGCUGAGAAGACGAGGACGUUUCUGGGGAUGGAAGUGUGUACUGGGCAUGCUCAGUUGUUGGACCUGGUCCAAGCAGUGGACAGAACAAUGACAGAGUUUCACCUGGACACUUUCUAUCAGGAUCCAUCUUUCCACGUGAGUCUGGCCUGGUGUGUUGGAGACUUGACGGAACAGAUGAAGGAGUGCCUUCAGGGGAUGCAGAGUCUGAUUGAUGACCACGAAGAAGGACCAUUUCUACUGAGGUUGGACUGCGUGGAGCUGCGCUGCAGGACGGGAAACAAGACUUUCUGCUUCACUCUGGAGGCCUAAAAUAUGACACAUGUAUACCCUAACCAGUCACCCUUUACAGCGGUGUUCUUCUGACCCACAGAAAUGAGCUAAACACAUACGCAUUUAGUGGAGCAGUGACGAUAUGUUGUAGGGCUGUCCGAGACCAAAGAAAUUCAUAGUCGACUAAUACUCAUAGUGUUUUGUCGACGAUUUUGUCACGUAAAACAGAUUUUCUCCACAUAGAAUAACACAAAUGCACCACUUUAAAUCUUAUGUUUACCAGAGAUGGGCUCUUAGAAAUAAAUUAUUCAGCAGAGAAAAACAUUAAAAAUGACUAAUCAAGUAAAGAAAUCUUAGUCAUCUAAGACCAAACCAACCGAUCGGUCAACUAAUCCCCUAAGGAGGAGGCAGCCCUAACAUGUUGUAUUCUUUUAAGAACUGCUAACGGAUAUGUGGCAUGUUCCUACAAAGACAAUCAACGUUCAAUGGACCAAAAUAAUGUAAAGAAAAACAAUUUAUUGUAUUUUAAUACUGUAUGUAAAUAAAGUUGCUACUGGUUUUAUACUUA